CAGUCAGUAGUCGAAGUGGCGGUCAAUUCAUUUAAGCUUAUUUUCCCAUUGAUACAGUGACGUUAAGAUGCGUGCCUUUCCGUCAACACUUAUCAGCCUAGGCCUAGCAGCCUUGGCAGCUGCCUCCGACGAAGAUGUCGUUUCAUUCCCCGCCAUCGGUGAAGUCGACAUCGUGUUUCCUCGGGAAGAUACAUACGCCGCCGAAGCGCCAUUUCCCGUCAUCUUUGGCCUUCAAAACGCCCCAGUCUUGACAACAUUUAGCGGCACACUCAACUGGGAACUUAACUGUGCAUACACCCUCUUCGGCAUCGGUCGACUGUACCUAGACUUUCUACCAGACUCAGAACCAUAUUACUUUCUCAACACGAGCAAAGCCAUCGCUGACGCUGACGAGGGAGACCAAUUUCAGUACUGGCGUGGCGAAGAAGAUUCUUGUAUCCUCAAGUGGGAUUUGCGAUGGACCACUGUCUGCGAGCCACGCAAAGACGGCAGCCUUCUCUUGAAGAACAAUCAGUUCGAACGAUCUGGGAACGUAACUUUUACUCUUCGCCCUGGGGCAAAGACGGCACGCAAGGCUAUCGCCGAGUACGACGGCUGCGCUAUUGGGGGCACUGCGGUGAAGGUUGAACGCAAUCACACAGUUGGCUGUCCCAUUCUUGCAGUAGACGCCUCACCAAAACCCAAGCCUUGUGGUUUGGAUGUCAAAAAGGCCCGCAGUAGUCUUGCAGAGGCUGUUGUGAAGCCUACCACGAGCUUGACCGCGAUACCCAGCAAAACGACCGAUGCAGGUGUGGGUACAACAGGUACUGGGACAGAUGGUGUCUCAGUGCCAUCUAGCACUGGAGAGGCCUCUGGUCAAAGCGACAGGGGUGGAAAUGAUGAUAAUGGUGCACAAGUAUUGGAUAGUAGCAAAGGUGGGCUCUUGACUUUGUUUACUGCUUUGGCUACUAGUAUCCUUCUUGAGCUAGUUAUGUAGAUUCAGUAGCAUGGGCCCGCGGAUAGAGUAGUUGAAUCAGUUGCCCCAUCCCAGCCUCAGCCUCAAGAUCUGAAUGCCAACAAACAAAGCAUGGCUGCAUGAGAUUUCACCGCCAUCGUCACAAGUCAUUUUAGCACUUGGCCA